UGACUGACCCAGAGUCGCCGCGGCAGGGGAGGGACGCGGCCUGAAAAACUGGCUGCAGGCGAAGUUGUCUUAGUGUAUAUAAGAGUGCAGGAGACUCAGCGUGGACACCAGUGACUCCCCUCCCGUUAGCCGAGCACGCCGCAGCGACAUGAGCCUCAAGCUGGUGACCCUCCUGGCGCUGGCCGCCGCCGCCUCCGCCGCCAGGCCCAACUACAACUUCCGGUGGGCCGUGCAGGACGGCGACUCCGGCAACGACUUCGGGCACCAGGAGGCGCGCCAGCUGGAGAACACCGAGGGCGGCUACCACGUGGCACUACCCGACGGUCGCCUGCAGCAGGUCCAGUACCGCGUCGACGGCGACAGCGGCUACCUGGUGGAGGUCAACUACGACGGCGAGGCGCGCUUCCCGGACUCCGACGAGUCCUUCGAGUCCCGCGGGAGAAGGGUCUUCACCGCCCCCAGGUCCAGGUCCUCCUCCGUGUCCCGCGGCGGCAGCGGCAGCGGCAGCGGCAGCAGCAGCAGCAGCAGCAGCUUCUUCAGCCGCGACUCAGGAGAGUCAUUUGAGUCUCUCUUCGACUCACGCGAGUCCCGCGAGAGGGGCGUCUUCGGCGCCUCCAGGGCCAGCGCGUCAUCAGGCCGCAGCGGCAGCGCCAGCGGCGCUAGCAGCUUCUUCAGCGCCCCCCAGGCCAGCCGCGCCUCCGGCGGCCGCAGCGGCAGCGCCAGCGGCGCUAGCAGCUUCUUCAGCGCCCCCCAGGCCAGCCGCGCCUCCGGCGGCCGCAGCGGCAGCGCCAGCGGCGCCAGCAGCUUCUUCAGCGCCUCCCAGGCCAGCCGCGCCUCCGGCGGCCGCAGCGGCAGCGCCAGCGGCGCCAGCAGCCACUUCAGCGCCCCCCAGGCCAGCCGCGCCUCCAGCCGCCGCGCCUCCAGGCCCAGCGGCAGCAGCUUCUUCAGGCGUGACUCCGGAGAGUCUUUCGAAUCUCUCUUCGACUCCCGCGAGUCCCGCGAAAGGUCCCGCUCUGCCUCAGGAUCCAGCGGCGCCAGCAGCCACUUCAGCGCCCCCACGGCCAGCAGCACCUCCAGCCGCCGCGCCUCCAGGCCCAGCGGCAGCAGCUUCUUCAGGCGUGACUCCGGAGAGUCUUUCGAGUCUCUCUUCGACUCCCGCGAGUCCCGCGAGAGAUCCCGCUCAGCCUCCGGCAGCAGCAGCAGCGGCAGCAGCUUCUUCAGCGCCCCCACGGCCAGCCGCGCCUCCGGCGGCAGCAGCAGCGCCAGCGCCAGCCGCGCCUCCGGCAGCAGCAGCAGCGGCAGCGCCAGCCGCGCCUCCGGCAGCAGCAGCAGCGGCAGCAGCUUCUUCAGCGCCCCCACGGCCAGCCGCGCCUCCGGCAGCAGCAGCGGCAGCGCCAGCCGCGCCUCCAGGCCCAGCAGCAGCGGCAGCAGCUUCUUCACGCGUGACUCCAGGGAAUCCUUCGAGUCCCCCUUCGCCUCCCGGGAGUCCCGCGAGGGCCGCUUCGACUCCCGCGAGUCUCGCGAGAACCCCUUCCUGCGGGCCGCCGCCUCCUCCUUCAGGGGCUACGCCUAAGGCUGACCCCUGACCUGACCCCGCCAUGCUCGCUUGCCGCCCGCAUCCCGCACGUGACGUGCUUAUUUAUUAUAUGAAUUAUAUAAAUUAUAUAAAUUAUUUAUUUAUUUAACAAAAUGUGAGCAAUAAAAGAAAGGCAUCGCU